AUGUUCAGAAGCGGUGGCCAUAAUGAGGUAGGAGAGGAGGAGGUUGAGCUGCUUCCAACGACGGUAUCUGCACGUCCGCGGGUAGACAGAUUCUGGAGAACGGCAGCAAGAGGCUUUGCAAAGCCUCAUACUACGAGUACGAUCGCGCUAGUUGGAAUCUUGGUUUUUGCGCUUCUUCUGCCUUCUCCUCUAACUUGGGGGACAUCCGAGGCUCUUCCUCGGAACGUAACACGCCCUAUCAAUGGCACCCAUGGCCAUCGCCCUCCUAGUUCGGAAUCCUCAUCACUGCGGGGGACGCUGGAAUGGGCGACUCAGGAAAACAAAGAGCUGAUUAGCUCUAUUUUUGUCCCCCUCCCCGUACGCGAAUGCACGAUCACAACACCUGCCUGGUUUGCUCCCUGUGCAGCGAGACGAAUGCUGGUUCCAAGCUUGUACGCGGAAGAGUUGAUUUAUCCGGACUUCGGUCUUACCCUGCCUGUGUUUGUCAACGAUGAGCAGCGCUCUCUGUGGCUGGAGGCUGCGGAGAAAGUUGACCGAAUGAGGUAUGAAGCGCGAGGGAAGGAGGAGUACAUGCUGUACAGCGGCCAGCAUGGGCAGAACUUUGUCCUGCAUAAUGUCUCGUUCAUCCCCCCUGGCAUGGACAGCUGGGUGCCCACUGCGUGCGGAGUCGAUGGUACCACUCUAAGCUCUCUUGCAGUUCAACCUCUACCUUCAAACUCUGAGCCGAGCACUUCAGCUAUCCUCGUAUCCACCCCGGACUCAUGGUCGUUCCAGCAUUUCCUCGAUCGUGCCACGCACGUUGUCGGACAAGCAAGUCACCUCCUUUUUACCAGCCCCGACACUCUGGCUCUCACUGGUAGGGCAGGAAAGAAAAUCGUGCAGGAGAUGUGGACGAGGAUGGGCUUCGCGGACGAGAGAGUCAUCCACCACCCACGACAGAGAAUGGAACUUGCACAGCUUGUGUUCGCUUGCAAGUCUGUUCUCAUUCAUCCCUAUCUGAGUUGGCGAAGCGCUGAAAUGCUGGGCAUGCCGUGGGCCAAAGGACGGCGGCACCCGUUUGAUACCUCGUCGAAAAAAGUGGUCAUGUACAUGUCACGGUCGGACGGUCGUGCCAACAACGGCGGCCGGAGAGUACUCAACGAGCCAGCGGUGUUGGCGGCCAUCGAGUCGUUGCUGGAGACUCGGGGACGAGGGGAGAGGCUCCAGUUAUUCGACCCUUCGAAAUUCCCUAACGUUUCCGCCUUGAUCGAAACUUUCUCGCGUGACGUCGCAGCUGUCGUCGGGCCGCACGGCGGGAGUCUCAUGAAUCAUCGGUUUGCUGGACCAGACACGCUCGUCCUCGAGUUCCUCCCCACGACGCGCAUGGAAGUGAUCAACUUCGAGGAGACCAGCAUGCUGAACCAGACAUAUGCCGCCAUUGUGACUCCAGGCAUUGGCGCCAGUCAUGACAUGGAAGUGGACGCGGCGGACGUCGUUAAACUGCUUUCGGAGCGACUAGGCAAGCCAGGGAAGAGCGUUCUGAUGCCAUAUCAGUGGGUGAAGGAGUGA